AUGCUGGCAGAAGACGACUGCGGCAUUCGAACGCUACAAAGUAUGAAGCUGGUCGGCGUGGGCGGUGCCGCUUUGGCGACCGUUAUUGGCGACAGACUCGUUGCAAAAGGUGUUAACCUUUUGUCUCGUUUUGGCAGCGCCGAGUGCGGAUUCCUGGCCUCAUCACAUCGAGACUAUCCUUUCGACAAAGAAUGGCAAUACCUACGGUUUGGUGAUGUCAAGGAUUUUGUCAAGUUUGAAGGCCGGCACGAUGACCUAGCAGAGCUUGUGGUUAAGCCUACCUGGCCCUCGAAAGCCAAGACAAACUUGGACGACGGCUCGUACGCCACAUCUGAUUUGUUCUCACGCCAUAAGUCUCUCCCCGAUACCUGGAUGUAUCACAGCAGAUUGGACGCUCAGGUAGUUCUAUCGAACGGCAAAAAGUUCGACCCAUCGACAACGGAGCUUGACAUCUUGGCGAGUUUACCACAGCUGCGGGACGUCUAUAUCUUCGGCGAUGGACGUCCACAGCCUGAACCAAAUUAUUGCCGAUGUGUGGCCAGAGAUUGA